AUAAAAUGUCCCAUCGCAGCUCUCCAAUACCUACAUACAAUCAAAUCUAAGCCCCAAUUCCACUACCCAACUACCAAACCAACAUGUCCACUCUUACCGACACCGCCGCCUCCAUCGCCCGUCUCUCCCUCCACGACCCCACCCACUUCAACAUCCAAUACUCCCAAACCCUCCACCGCCUCACCCUCCUCCAACACUGGGACAUCACCCCGGGCUCUACAAUCCUCGAACUCGGCUGCGGCCAAGGCGACUGCACCACCGUACUUGCCUCUGCCGUAGGCGAGCACGGGAAAGUAGUCGCCGUUGAUCCAGCAGACCUAGACUACGGCUCCCCAUACACCCUCUCCGAAGCCCAAUCCCACAUAACCUCCGGCCCCCUCGGCCCCAACAUAACCUGGAUCCACCAAUCCCCACUCCCCUACCUCUCCUCCCUGCCCUUACCCCCCACCCCUCAACCUCCCCCACAUUCAACGCAACAAUCCUCGCCCACAGCCUCUGCCGAAUGGUCCCUGCUCGCCACGCACCCCUCCGCCCAACCGCACGUUCUAGCAGCCCUAGCCCAAGCAUCUCUCGAAUGUCGAAAAGAUAGCGAUAGCAGUGCGUCGAAUGUACGCACCGUGCUGAGUCCAAAGCGAUUGACCGAGUUGGCGGUCGAGGCGGGGUGGAGGUUGGAGAGGGAGGCAGUGGUGCCGUGUAAUGAGGGACUGUUGGAUGGGAGGUGGGAAGUCGGAGCGUGUCUUUCGGGGGGGUUUGAGAGGGAGGUGAAGAUGGUGGUGAAGGGGGAGAGGGAACGGGCGGUGGUUUGGGCGGCGAGGGAUGCGUGUGAGUCACCAUGCCGUCAGCUGUCACAUCCAAGAUACAUAAUCUCCCUCAUCGCCUCAUUCCUCUUCCAUCUACACUCACCACCGCCCCGAACAAACAUCCUCAAACACCCCCCAGCACAACACCGCAAAAUGACCUCUCUCGAAGCCUUUUGCCGCGCCCAGCGCGAGGAAGAAUACCCCACUCCCCCUGAAAUGCUCACAGCCCUGGAACUCCUCUUCACCGACCCCUCCGUGUCUGUCUCCACGGCCGCCCGCAUCGCCAUGACCCCGAUCAUCAUCGACGAAGGCAUCAACCCUACCCCAGAGCCCAACCUCUCUGACUUCUGGAUCAUGUUCUUCAAAGCUGUCGGUCUGUUCACGAACCAGAAUGACCAUCUUUUGGAAUUUCUUCUCGCUAUUCAAUCCCUCCCUGAUUGUAAUGGAGGGUUUCGUAAACUUCCUGGACUUGAUGAGUAUUUGAUGGAGUUUGUGUUUGACUACAUCGACCACCCCUUCAACCUCCCCUACACCGACCCCAUCCCCGAACUCACCGACACCCCAUGGCUAAACCUCCCCUCUCAUCGAGACAUCCAACGCCAAGCCUGGCUAAACGUCAACCGAUUGACCGCGAACUUGCACCUCCGGAGCAAAGGCUCCUUUCUCGAGUACGGGGGCCUCACGGUGCGGAAGACGCUCGAAAAGGCGCCGUGGGAGAUCUUUCACCAUGCGGAUCUGGAGGAGCAUUUGUCGUUUGUGCUGAAUGUGGGGAAUGAGACGGAGUAUAAUCGCGAGAAGGAUGAUGUGAUGGAGAGGAUUGAUAUUCGGACGUUGGAUGGGUGGGUGCCGGCGGCGGCGGUGUGGUUUCGGGUCUGUGGGAAGGAGAUGUAUGAGGUGAGUAGGGUGGGGGAGGAGGAGAUGAUGUUUGGGGAGUGGAAGGGGUCGAAGUGGGUGGGGAGGCCUGGGUGGAGUCGCGAGAGGUGGAUGUUUUGGAAGGAGAGGUGGGGGUGGAUUGCUGGGGUGACGGCGUUGAAUCGGAGGACGAGGGAGAUUGCGAGGGAUGUGGUAGUGGUGAUGGGUAGGGUUGAAUCUGAGGGGGAGUAGUACUACUAGUAGUAGGAGGAAGAGGAGGCAGGUAAAUAGGCAGAGUAUCUUCGGACAGGGUAUGUAACCCUAAUUGUUGUCGAUAUCACCAGUUAUGAAUUACAGGAAAGAGUUACCAUCUUGGAAAUAAUACAAUGCACUUUGUGCUC